UAAGGUGAACAUUUAUAUUUUUUUAUUUUGUUUGGGACUGGGAAACACUGAGCAGUCUAUCUCGAGAUCUGUGACCUUGGUUUUCCCCUGAGAGCUGGCUUCUCCAUCCCCUUCCUCCCCUGCAAAGAACAAAGUCUCCUUUUGUGUAUCCCUUUAUAUUGUAGCCUGGAUUUCCCGCUCUGAAACAGACCGUGCUACAAAGAGCCAAGGGAGAGAGGCCCAAAAAGGUGGCUGGAGAGAACUGAACAGGAGAGAGGAUAUAUAUUUUUUUGCAGAGCAGAUUUUGUGAAGAUUCUGGGCCUGCAAAAUGGAAGAGGCACAAGUGCCCAGCUCACAGAAAGGCAUGGCUAGAAAGGUCACUUCCAUGGAGUACAAUGGAAUAAUCCUUCCUGCCCUUGUACACAGUGAAAAGAGCGUCCAGUAUGCCCACCGGAGCUUCCAAGUUCGAGACAGCGAUGUAUUCAAUCUCACGUAUCCCAAAUCUGGAACAACUUGGAUGCAAGAAAUCCUCACACUGAUCCAUAGUGAUGGGAACCCUACUCUGGCCCAGUCGAUGCCUUCCUGGGAGCGGGUGCCUUGGCUUGAGCAGAACACAGGAGCUACAUACUUGGAGGACCGGCCCAGUCCCCGACUCAUAAGCUCCCACUUGCCUCCAUCCAUCUUCCCAGAAACCUUCUUCACCUCCCAGGCUAAGGUCAUUUACACCGUUCGUGACCCAAGAGAUAUCUGUGUGUCACUCUAUUAUUACGCCAAGAUGUCAUCGUUUCUGGAUUACAGGGAGGAUUUUGGAGAAUUUCUGGAGAUGUUCUGUUCAGGGAAAAUUCUCUUUGGCACUUGGUUUGAUCACGUCAAGAGCUGGUUGACCUACAAAGAUCAGACAAACUUUCUCCUUCUAACCUAUGAUGAAUUGCUGAAGAACCUGCAGGACAGUGUUCUUCGCAUCUGCCGGUUCCGGAAAGAAUUAGAUGCUGCUGCUGUUGACUCAGUUGUGAAACAUGCUUCCUUUGAGUCAAUGAAGGGCAACAAGAUGGUGAAUUACAGCCUUGUUCCUGACGAUGUGAUGAACCACAGUAUCAGUCCUUUCCUCAGAAAAGGGAUUUCUGGAGACUGGAGAAAUCAUUUCACCCCAGAGCAGACUGAUUCAUUCCAGCGUUUGUACCAGGAAAAGAUGAAAGAUGUGGAGAUCAGAUUUCCCUGGGAUGAUGAACUCCAAAGAGAAAUCUACUGAGAAUCUUAAGAUCUUGGAAGGGAGGUGUUUGUGCUGCAGUUUCUAUUUUCAUCAGACACUAGUUUGAGCUUUGAGUGGCCCCUUCAACACUGCCAUAUAAAAUCCAGAUUACUGGCUUUGAACUGGAUUAUAUGGCAGUGUAGACUCAUAAUAUCCAGUUCAAAGCAGUGUAGAAGGGGCCAGAGCCAUCUGACUUCAACAAAAUAGACCCAGUUCCUCUCUCCAACAAUUCAGCACAAUCCCAGAUAUCAAUGAAGCUCUACUACAUUUGCAAGCCAUGAAGUACAACCAAUGGAAUGAAUUUGUCAGGUUGUGGUGGAGAUGCAGCUGAUAUUCUAUGUUUAUAUGCUCCCUGGACACAGACAAUUCAACUAUGCCUGUCAGGGAAAAAACAUUGGUUUAGCCGUCCUCGUUUUCUUCAUGUAGGGGUUUCACCACAGAAUACAUGAGCAGCAGUAACAUUGUCUACUUCUCCUGUUGUGGAUGUAAAGAAAAUGUUUCCAUUGGCAACUGGUUUUAAAACUUCUCCUCCCAAACAAAUAAAUAAAACAAAUAGCUCUGCCGACUAUC